GGUUCCAGGGGGCUGGGAGCGCGGGCGCUGUCCGCAAGAGAGCAGGUCCUGAAACGCGCCGUGCGCCGCCGCCGGAUGCUGCGCGCAGGCAGGCUGGUCGUUAUUUUUGGUUAAAAAAAAACAACAACAAAACAAAGCUCGUUUAGGAGCUGCCCCGUGUUUGUUUGCUUCCUAGACAGGAGCGCGGAGUAAAACAUCUUUAGAAUUUUGACUUGACUUGAAGAGAUCCGCCUCUGAAACUCCGUCAGUCGUCGGGAGCCGGCUGGUGCAGCGAGUCCCGGUGCACUCAGGAGGUGACAGAGAGAAGACACAUCUGAAGUCUAAAGCUUUUACCUGAACCACGAAGUGCAUUUUUUUCUUUUUGUUUUGAGCGAUUUCCCGUAUUUAUUUUUUUACACUGUAUUUUGCCAUGUGACAUUUUUUGUUGUUGGAUAUGACACCGCGUGAUGUGACCGUUUGUCCGCACUCAGCCGCUGAACUGAAGGGGGAUGUUCGUGUGAGAACUGCCGCCGAGGACGAUUUAUAAAGAAGAAGAAAUGUGCAGAGGAGAACCUGGACAUUGGAUCUGUAACGAACAUUUCUGCCUCUUAUGCUUAGUCAUUUGAUUUGAUUUUUUUUUUGAUUAUUUGAUAUCUGGCUGAGGGGAAGAGUUGUGCCUCCAUCGCUGAAAGUCCGGGGGGGUCACGGCCAGCGGACCGAGAAGGGGAAAAAAAGAGUCACGCAUUCACGCUUUGUUUGUUUUGCGUGUUUUGGUUAAUUUUAUAAUUUUUGGAUUAAUAGUUAUAUAUAUAAAUAUAUUAAAAAAAACAGACAUUUUUGUCGUCCUGGGACUGGCGCAACUUGACGCGCAGCAGAAGGAAGGAACACGGACGCUCCUCUGGUUCAGGAGACGCCACAACUAACCCGCUGUUGUGAUCCUAUUUGUUCCUUCCUUCUCAUUUUUGUAUUUUUUUGAUGUUUGAACAACGUUAAACUUGUUUUUUUUUUUCAAACAAGGAAAAAAAACAAUCUUUUUCAAGGAAAGCCUUGUUAUUUAUUGGAGGUCCCAUCUGUCCAGUACAGCCCGCAAAGUGGACGACCGAAGCGGGUGUUAUUUUUGAGACCCUCUUAUUGCUCAAGGCACCCCACCCCCCACCCCCUGGAGCCCCCCCUCUCUGCACCGAUGGAGAUUCAUUGUAAGCACGACCCGUUCGCGGCGAUGCACAGACACGGCGGGGUGAACCAGCUCGGAGGCGUGUUUGUAAACGGCAGACCUCUUCCGGACGUUGUCCGACAACGAAUAGUGGAGCUCGCCCAUCAAGGGGUUCGACCCUGCGACAUCUCGAGGCAGCUGCGGGUCAGCCACGGAUGCGUCAGCAAGAUAUUGGGCAGGUACUAUGAAACGGGGAGCAUCCGCCCUGGGGUAAUCGGGGGAUCCAAACCAAAGGUUGCUACACCCAAAGUGGUCGACAAGAUCGCCGAUUACAAACGCCAAAACCCCACCAUGUUUGCCUGGGAGAUCCGGGACAGGCUCCUGGCCGAGAGAGUUUGCGACAACGACAGUGUCCCCAGCGUCAGCUCCAUCAACAGGAUCAUACGGACUAAGGUUCAGCAGCAGCCCGGCCAAACGGGCUCGGUGUCGGCUCACAGCUUAGCCACGUCCGUGGCUUCCACGCAGGUUUCAGCGGUCACCAGCGACUCCGCUGGCUCGUCGUACUCAAUCAGCGGCAUCCUGGGAAUCAGCGCCGCUGCCGACGUGGGCAAGAGGAAGAGGGAUGAAGUCUUACAGGAGUCGCCGCUGGCUAACGGGCAUGGCCACAGUGGGCGGGACUUCCUCAGGAAACAGAUGAGAGGGGAGCUAUUCUCGCCGCAGCAGAUCGAGGUAUUGGACCGCCUCUUUGACAGACAGCCAUCCUGUCCAAUCCAAAACACCACUGAGCUCUAUCUGAGCCCUGACUCUGGCAAGACAUCAGACUACUCUGCUAUGGCCUCUCUAGCUGGCGGGCUGGACGAGAUGAAGAACAGUUUGGCCAAUCCGGGCACAGGGACGGAGUUAGGAUCCAACGUGUCGGGCCCACAGUCUUACCCACUAGUUCCAGGUCGAGACCUGGCCAGCACAACUCUGCCAGGCUACCCUCCUCAUGUCCCCCCAACCGGACAGGGCAGCUACUCUACUCCCUCUCUCACCGGCAUGGUACCAG